UGCUCACAUGACGCCUUUAUAGCGAGGAGGAAGAAUUCAGACGCUCUUUAAACUCAUACACGCACACAUAAUUGACAAUUGACAUGAUGCCUUUUCAGGCAGCAGGAGAACAAGGACCGGCUGGAGAUCAGGUAGUCACUGAGAAAUCCUCAUCUGAAGAUGAAGAAUAGAAGAAUUUAUCCUUCCUGUGUUGGAUUUAAACAUUUUUUUGUCAUCGUUUGAUUAACGCAUCAUGCACGGACCUGAACUGCACUGCUGAUGUCCCUGGAUAACAAGAACCAGAAGAAGAAUCAUGGUCAUCUUGCAGCAGGGCGACUACGUGUGGUUGGACCUGAAGAGCGGUAGAGAGUUUGAAGUUCCGAUCGGCGCAGUGGUCAAACUUUGUGACUCGGGACAGAUCCAGGUGGUGGAUGAUGAAGGAAAUGAGCACUGGAUCUCCCCUCAGAACGCCACUAACAUCAAGCCCAUGCAUCCCACCUCCAUCCAUGGCGUGGAGGACAUGAUCCGCCUGGGAGACCUGAACGAGGCCGGAAUCCUACGCAAUUUGCUCAUCAGAUACAGCGAGAAGCUAAUUUAUACAAACUGUGGUGGGAGGACAUACACAGGAUCGAUCCUGGUAGCAAUCAAUCCAUAUCAGCUGCUUCCUAUCUAUACGCCAGACCAGAUCCGCCUGUAUACCAACAAGAAAAUUGGCGAGAUGCCUCCUCACAUCUUUGCCAUUGCAGACAACUGUUACUUCAACAUGCAGAGAAACAAUCGCGACCAGUGUUGCAUCAUCAGUGGAGAGUCUGGAGCGGGAAAGACCGAAAGCACCAAGCUGAUCUUGCAGUUCCUGGCAGCGAUCAGCGGUCAACACUCAUGGAUUGAGCAGCAGGUUCUGGAGGCCAACCCCAUUCUGGAAGCCUUUGGAAAUGCAAAGACCAUCCGCAACGACAACUCGUCCCGCUUCGGCAAAUACAUCGACAUCCACUUCAACAAGAGAGGAGCCAUCGAGGGGGCUAAGAUUGAACAAUACCUGCUGGAGAAGUCGCGAGUCUGUCGACAGGCUCAGGAUGAGAGGAACUACCACAUUUUUUACUGUAUGUUAAAGGGCAUGACGGCAGAAGACAAGAAGAAGCUGGGCCUCAGCAAGGCGACAGACUACACAUACCUCACCAUCGGAAAGUGUACCGUUUGUGACGGGCGUGACGACAUGAAGGAAUACUCCAACAUACGCUCCGCCAUGAAGGUUCUGAUGUUCACUGAUAAAGAGAACUGGGAGAUUUCCAAACUGUUGGCAUCCAUUUUACACAUGGGCAAUCUGCGCUAUGAAGCACGAACAUAUGACAACUUGGAUGCCUGUGAGGUCGUACGCAGCCCGCAUCUUUCUACCACGUCAACGCUGCUAGAGGUGGACGGCAAAGACUUGAUGAACUGUCUAACGAGCAGAACGUUGAUCACAAGAGGAGAAACCGUUUCCACGCCACUCAGCAUGGAACAAGCGCUUGACGUCCGCGACGCCUUCGUCAAGGGUAUUUACGGCCGUCUGUUCGUUUGGAUCGUCGAGAAGAUCAAUGCUGCCAUCUACAAGCCUACAUCCUCACACAGCAAAGUUGUCAGACGCUCAAUAGGACUGCUGGACAUCUUUGGCUUUGAGAACUUCACAGUCAACAGUUUUGAGCAAUUGUGCAUCAAUUUCGCAAACGAGAACCUGCAGCAGUUCUUUGUGCGUCACGUGUUCAAACUUGAGCAAGAGGAGUACAACCUAGAGAACAUCAACUGGCAGCACAUUGAGUUCACCGACAACCAAGACGCCCUCGAUAUGAUUGCCAUCAAGCCCAUGAACAUCAUCUCGCUCAUCGACGAGGAGAGUCGAUUCCCCAAGGGCACAGACAGCACCAUGCUGAACAAACUCAACUUCCAACACAAAGUGAACAGCAACUACAUUCCGCCCAAGAACAACCACGAGACUCAGUUCGGCAUCCAACACUUUGCCGGGGUAGUCUACUAUGAAACAAGAGGCUUCCUGGAGAAGAAUCGGGACACGUUAUAUGGCGACAUCAUCCAGCUGGUUCACUCCUCCAAGAACAAGUUUGUCAAGCAGAUUUUCCAGGCUGAUGUUGCUAUGUUUCUGUGUGGUUUUGCUCCUAUUCUACAUCUUCCAUCCAGUCCUCUCCCGAAGGGGGCAGAGACCAGGAAGCGUUCUCCCACUCUCAGCAGUCAGUUCAAAAAAUCUCUGGAGUUGCUCAUGAGAACGUUGAGCGUCUGUCAACCUUUUUUUGUACGCUGCAUCAAACCCAAUGAGUACAAGAAACCCAUGCUGUUUGACCGGGAUCUGUGCGUGCGCCAGCUGAGGUACUCUGGAAUGAUGGAGACCAUUCGCAUCCGUCGCGCAGGCUAUCCUAUCCGUUACACCUUUGUGGAGUUUGUGGACCGCUACCGUGUGCUCAUGCCUGGAGUCAAACCCGCCUACAAGCAGGAGGAUCUCAGAGGAACCUGUCAGAGAAUCGCUGAAGCCGUGCUGGGCCGAGACGACGACUGGCAGAUGGGAAAAACCAAAAUUUUCCUCAAGGAUCAUCACGACAUGCUGCUGGAGAUUGAGAGGGACAAGGCCAUCACGGACAAGGUCAUCCUUAUCCAGAAAGUAGUGCGAGGUUUCAAGGACAGAUCAACCUUCCUGAGGAUGAGGAAGUCGGCCAUGCUGAUUCAGAAGACAUGGCGAGGAUAUCAAUGCAGGAAGAACUAUGGCGCUAUGCGGGCGGGCUUCUCUCGCCUCCAGGCUAUAGUGCGCUCCAGGAAGUUGUGCGCGUCCUACCACGUGGCUCGGCAGCGCAUAAGCGGUUUCCAGGGUCGGUGCCGAGGCUUCCUAGUGCGCCGCGCCUUCAGACAUCGACUGUGGGCCUUGAUCACUAUCCAGGCGUACACCAGGGGAAUGAUUGCUCGCAGGCUUUACCGCAGACUCAGAGGCGAGUACCGAAGGAGACUGGAGGCUGAGAAAAUGCGUCUGGCCGAGGAAACCAAGCUGAGGAACCAAAUGUCGGCCAAAAGAGCCAAGGCUGAAGCGGAACGCAAACAUCAAGAACGUCUGGUGCAGUUGGCCAAAGAAGAUGCUGAACGUGAAAAAAAGGAAAAGGAGGAAGCGAGGAGGAAGAAAGAGCUGGUAGAGCAAACGGAGAGGGCUCGUUUGGAGCCCGUCAACGACUCAGAUAUGGUGGACAAGAUGUUCGGCUUUCUGGGGACCACCAGCUCUUUUCCUGGCCAGGAGGGGCAAGCCCCAGCCGGCUUUGAGGAUUUGGAGCGGACCCACCGUGAGCUUGAGGAGGAAGACCUGGACGAGGCUCUUCCUCUGCCAGAGGAUGACGAGGAGGAGGAUCUAUUGGAGUACAAGUUUGCCAAAUUUGCCGCCACCUACUUCCAGGGAACAACAACGCACACAUACGUGCGCCGACCACUCAAGCAGCCACUGCUUUUCCAUGAGGAUGAAGGAGACCAGCUGGCGGCUCUGGCUGUAUGGAUUACUGUGUUGCGGUUCAUGGGAGAUCUACCUGAACCAAAGUACCACACGGCCAUCAGCGAUGGGAGUGAAAAGAUUCCGGUCAUGACCAAAAUCUAUGAGACACUUGGGAAGAAGACAUACAAGCGCGAGCUUCAAGCCCUCCAGGGGGAGGCAGAGACUCCUCAACCUGAGAGUAAUCGCAAGAACAGCAUUCGACACAAGCUGGUGUCUCUCACCCUGAAGAAGAAAUCCAAGAUCACAGAAGAGGUCACAAAGCGUCUCAACGAUGGUGAACACGGCCUCCAUGGCAACAGCAUGUUGGAAGACCGGCCAACAUCAAACUUGGAAAAACUUCACUUUAUCAUUGGUAAUGGCAUCCUGAGGCCAGCGCUGAGGGAUGAGAUCUACUGUCAAAUCUGCAAACAGCUGAGUCAGAACCCAUCCAAGAGCUCACACGCUCGAGGUUGGAUCCUCAUCAGUUUGUGUGUGGGCUGCUUUGCGCCGUCAGACAAGUUCCUAAAGUACCUAAGGAACUUUAUUAGCAGUGGGCCACCAGGUUACGCGCCAUACUGCGAAGAACGACUCCGAAGAACAUUCGUUAAUGGCACUAGAACACAACCUCCAUCGUGGCUGGAGCUCCAGGCAACCAAAUCCAAGAAACCCAUCAUGCUGCCUGUGACAUUUAUGGAUGGGACCACUAAAACAUUGCUGACAGACUCGGCGACCACCGCCAAGGAGCUCUGCAACACACUGGCCGACAAGAUCAGCCUACAAGACCGAUUCGGGUUCUCGCUCUACAUCGCACUCUUUGACAAGGUGUCAUCUUUGGGCAGCGGAAACGACCACGUGAUGGAUGCUGUGUCACAGUGCGAGCAGUACGCCAAGGAGCAGGGAGCCCAGGAAAGGAACGCACCCUGGCGACUGUUUUUCAGGAAGGAAAUCUUCACUCCAUGGCACUGCGCUACGGAUGACACAGUCGCCACCAACCUUAUCUACCAGCAAACUGUCCGGGGCGUCAAGUUUGGAGAGUACCGAUGUGAGCGGGAUGACCUAGCAGAACUAGCAUCUCAGCAAUACUACGUAGACUAUGGAGCAGAAGUCCUCCUGGAACGCCUGCUGAGCCUCAUCCCAUCCUACAUCCCUGACAGAGAGAUCAACUCCUCCAGGACGGUGGAGAAGUGGGCUCAUUUCAUCAUGGCUGCCCACAAAAAGGGCAUCUAUGCCCAGAAGAGGUUUGACCCCCAGAAGGUUAAAGAGGAAGUGGUAGACUUUGCUCGUCACAAGUGGCCUUUGCUCUUCUCUCGAUUCUAUGAAGCCUUCAAGCUGUCAGGUCCAAGUCUGCCUAAAAAUGACCUCAUUGUUGCCGUCAACUGGACCGGCGUUUACUUUGUGGACGAGCAGGAGCAGGUCCUGCUAGAACUCUCCUUCCCAGAAAUCACUGCAGUGUCCAGCAGCAGGGGCGGAAAGCUACAGAGUCAGAGCUUCACACUGGCGACCAUCAAAGGAGACGAGUACACUUUCACCUCCAAUAAUGCUGAGGAUAUCCGAGACCUCGUAGUGACCUUCCUGGAAGGACUGAGGAACAGGUCCAAGUUUGUGGUGGCACUGCAGGACAGUCCCAACCAGAAUGGUGAACCGUCAACAUUCCUGAGCUUCCAGAAGGGAGACCUGAUCCUGUUGGACCAGGACACAGGCGAGCAAGUUCUGAACUCAGGUUGGGCGCACGGUGUUAAUGAGAGGACCAAUCAGAGAGGAGACUUCCCGGCAGACUCUGUCUAUGUCCUUCCUAGCAUGACGCGACCGCAGCAGGAGAUUGUGGCGCUGGUUACCAUGACUCCAGAUCAAAGGCAGCAGUCAGUGAGGGUGUCACAGCUGGUCCUGCCCGACACUGAAGACUCUGUCAAACCUUACACGCUGGAGGACUUCUCCUAUGACUACUUUAGGCCACCCCCCAAACAUACUCUGAGCAGGGUGAUGGUCACCAAGAAUCGAGGAAAGGACAAACUAUGGAGCUGCACCAGGGAGCCUCUCAAACAGCCUUUGCUCAAGAAGGUGGUUCAACAUGAAGAGCUCGCUCAGGAGGCCUGCAUGGCCUUCAUUGCUGUGAUGAAGUACAUGGGUGACUACCCAUCCAAGCGCAUUCGUUCAGUCAACGAAUUAACAGACCAGAUCUUUGAGGGUGCACUGAAGGCCGAACCCCUAAAGGAUGAGGUCUUCUGCCAAAUCAUCAAGCAGCUCACAGACAACCACGUCAAGUACAGUGAGGAGAAAGGCUGGGAGCUUCUGUGGUUGUGCACAGGUCUCUUUCCUCCCAGCAACGUGCUGCUGCCGCAUGUCCAACGCUUCCUGCAGUCCAAAAGGCAACACCCGCUCUCGGUUGACUGCGUACACAGGCUGCACAAAGCAUUACGAAACGGGUCCAGGAAAUACCCUCCUCAUCUGGUGGAAGUGGAGGCCAUCCAGCACAAGACCACGCAGAUCUUCCACAAGGUUUACUUCCCUGACGAUACGGACGAGGCAUUUGAGGUAGAGUCCAGCACCAAAGCUAGGGACUUCUGUCAGAACAUCUCCAGUAGACUGCUUCUCAAAUCCUCAGAAGGCUUCAGUCUCUUUGUUAAAAUCUCUGACAAGGUGAUCAGUGUUCCAGAAGGAGACUUUUUCUUUGACUUUGUCCGACAUUUGACAGACUGGAUCAAGAAGUCACGGCCAGUCAAAGAUGGAGUGGUUCCAUCUUUGACCUACCAGGUGUUCUUCAUGAAGAAGUUGUGGACCAGCACCGUUCCAGGAAAGGAUUCUUUCGCCGACUCCAUCUUCCAUUACUACCAAGAGCUGCCCAAAUAUCUGCGUGGCUACCACAAGUGUUCGCGGGAUGAAGUCUUCCAGCUGGCGGCUCUCAUCUAUCGAGUCAAGUUCGAGGAUGACAAGUCCCACUUUCCCACUAUUCCCAAGAUGUUGCGAGAGCUGGUCCCUCAGGAUCUCAUUCGCCAGAUGUCGCCAGAUGACUGGAAGAGGUCCGUGGUGGCGUUCUUCAACAAGCAAGCCGGUAAAUCCAGAGAAGAAGCCAAGCUGAUAUUUCUCAAAAUCAUCUACAAAUGGCCGACAUUUGGCUCCGCCUUCUUUGAAGUCAAGCAAACCACAGAGCCCAACUAUCCAGAGAUCCUGUUAAUUGCCAUCAACAAACACGGAGUCAGUCUUAUUGACCCCAAAAUAAAGGAUGUUCUGAUUACCCAUCCCUUUACCAAGAUCUCAAAUUGGAGCAGUGGGAACACAUAUUUCCACAUCACCAUCGGAAACCUUGUCAGGGGAAGUAAACUCCUCUGUGAGACCUCCCUGGGAUACAAGAUGGACGACCUGCUGACGUCGUACAUCAGCCAGAUGCUGACCGCCAUGAACAGGCAGCGGUCCGAGCGCGCUCACACCAAGUGAACGUCUUACUGGCAGGAGGCCGCCGAGCUCGCCCGCCUGCUGCGUCCCAUUGGCCAACGCUGCACUUGGGGGCGGACCUUCAGCCACCAGCUGUGGUGGAUGAGUCGUCGACCUUCUGUCAGCUCGGACCUCUGGAGCCUCCCCGAGGAGAGUUCGAUCGGAAGCCAAAGCGACGACGACCCCGGCGAAGGUCCGAGCAACUACGGCAUCGCGUGUUAUCGUGACGAUGAAGACUCAAAGUCCAGUGAGGACGAUUACCUUUGAAAAGAACAAUAACUGGGCUUUCAGGCACAAAUUCUGCUUCGUGACAAGCACGUCAUGACCAGGAAAUAUAUUUUUUGUAUUUAAUUCAAAUCCUAAGGCUUAUUCUGCCUAGUAACAAAGGGUUAGCAUGUCACAUGACCAAGACAUGCUUUGUUUUUUGGUAAAUAUUUUUGCACCUUAGUUUUUAAACACUAAUGUUAGCAUAUUUUGUUUGUUCAUGUUUAAAAUUCUAAUGACUCCAUUUUAUUUACCUCUCGAACAAAAAAAUUCAACGUGCCAAACUCUCCAUGAUUAAUUUUUGUGUUUGUCUUUCUGUGUGAAAUGUAACUUUAAUAUAACUUGGCGUGUACAAUACCAUUGGCUGCCAGUGAUGGCGGUACACGUCCAAAAUAUUUGCACUGGACAUGUUUUGCCAUUAGUGGCAGCCAACAAGUUACAGUAGGGCUACCACGAUUACUUCGAUAGUCUGUUAAUCGCGUCAUCUCAUUUCGAUUCAUUACUAAGAAGCCAUUUGCAGCCACAGAGGAUGACAGAAAUCAUAGACUAUUUACUGUUUAAAAUAAAUAAGUAAAAUACAAAAAUUCAUGAAAAAUUAAAACAUUUUUGGUAGUUUUAUUUUCCUUUUUAGAUUAAAAAAAAAAAAGUUAUUAACAUAUAAGAAAAUUAUGGACAGCUAUGAAGCUUAAAAAGAGAAUUUGGACAAUUUUGAGGUCAACAACAUCUACAAACGAUUAAUCGUCCAUCAAAAUAGCCAUUGAUUACCGUAUUUUUCAGACUAUAAGUCAGUUUUUUUCUUUUUUCAUUGUUUGUCCGGGAGUGUGACUUACGUGUGAAAAUAUUAACAUGUUAUUGCAUCAUUUCACGUUAUUUUCACACUAAACCACAAGAGGGCACUCAAAGGCCUGGGAUUCAAAAUUGACGGUAACUUAAAUAAAAACAACUGAGACGGGCUGAACAAAAUGGCACUGAAAAGAAAAUCAUUCUGCAGAUUACAAGCUGCAAUUAGUGAAAUAUGUACUGUAUGUAACGUUUGCAUACCGUACACUUAUUCAGUGUGUUGUUUUCUAUAUCUACGGUAUUUUAAAUUGCCUUUCAAGAUGACGUGUCUGUUAUUGGUGCUGGAUUGUAUCAAAUAAAUUUUCCCCUAAAAUGCGACUUAUACUCCACUGCAACUUAUAGUCUGAAAAAUGCAAUUAUAAAAAAAAAAAGAGUUAUAUGAACGGUAAGUUGUGAUUUAGUCUAAUAAUCGUGACAGCCCAAGUGUAAAGUAGGUCAUUUAUGAGUUACAUUGGUAAUUUUAUACUAGUUCAAUAAUUACAUUGCAGUGUUUUUCUCCAGUAAACAAUGUCAGUCAAAUAAACCUCAAACUCAACUUCACAUUGCUUGUAUUUUUACUAAUCAAUAGAAAGUGACAUUGUGAGAACAUUUUAGCUUAACGCAUAGACUCCAUAAUGUAUUGACGGGACACAGGGCGCGGGGCCGAUAAAUAGGGGGCUUGUAUUGUUGGCGCGGCAGUCAAAGCUGACCGAGUGGAAUCAGAGGCAAAGAGCAUUUUUCGUUCUUGGGAAUAAAUGCUUAAAUCCCCAAAUUCUUUAUAGAUAUGGACCUAAAACAAUCUCGAUUCUUGGUUAAAAGCAAAAAAAAAAAAAAAAAUGUGCAGUUAGCAUUGUUGUUACGUAAAUAUGUAGAAGUACAAAGCUCGAAGUACAAUGUUAGUCUAUUAGUGAAUGUAGCUAGCGGCUGCCUGAUGUUAACAGAGCCUUUCCGGUGAAAGUUCUUGUGAAUAAAUGCUUAAAUCCCGCAAUUCUUUAUCGAUAUGGACGUAAAACAGUCUCGAUUCUUGGUUGAAAACAAACAACAACAAAAAACGUGCAGUUUGCAUUUAUACUACAUAAAUAUGUCGGAGUACAGUGCUAGUCUGUUAAUGAAUGCAGCUAGCUGCCGCCUGAUGUAAACAAAGCUUUUCCGGUGAAAAUUCUUGUGAAUAAAUGCUUAAAUCUGCAAAUUCUUCAUAGAUAUGGACGUAAAACAAUCUAGAUUAUUUGUUGAAAACAAAAACAAAAAAACGUAGAGUUAGCAUUUAUUUUACGUAAAUAUGUUGAAGUUAGUGAAUGUAGCUAGCGGCCGCCUGAUGUUAACAGAGCCUUUCCGGUGAAAGUUCUUGUGAAUAAAUGCUUAAAUCCCCCAAUUCUUUAUCGAUAUGGACGGAAAACAUUCUCGAUUCUUGGUUAAAAACAAAAAAACGUGCAAUUAGCAUUUAUACUACAUAAAUAUGUCAAAGUACAAUGCUAGUCUGUUAAUGAAUGUAGCUAGCUGCCGCCUGACGUAAACAAAGCUUUUCUGGUGAAGAUUCUUGUGAAUAAAUUCAUAAAUCCGCGAAUUCUUUAUAGAUAUGGACGUAAAACAAUCUAGAGUAUUAUUUGAAAGCAAAAAAAAAAAAAAACGUACAGUUAAAAUUCUUGUGAAUAAAUGCAUAAAUCCCCAAAUUCUUUAUAGAUAUGGACGUAAAGUAGUCUCAAUUCUUGGUUAAAAGCACGAAAAAAAUUUGCAGUGAACUUUUAUUUUAUGUAAAUAUUGCGAACUAUGGCGACAUUUUUUUUUCACGUUUCAAAGUGCAUGCGUGGUACAAAAAAAUACAAUAAUUACCUUGAAUCCUCGAACAAAUCACUCCUGAGACAAUCCUUUCUUUUUGUAUGCAGUACAGCUUUCGUAAUUUUUCAACAAAAAAUCCGGCGGUAGAUCGCUGCAUGCGUGUUUGUGAAUAGCUCCUCUUGAUGUGGGUGGCCCCCUACUUGCAUGCGAGGCGCAGAGUAUGACCGAUCUGACCCGUCAAUUCAUUAUGAAGUCUAUGCUUAACGAUCCACUUUUAGACCACAGAAAUUAAAGUGCACACAGCCCCCCCCCCCAAAAGCUUAUAACUCAAUCUUUAAAAUGAUUUAAACACAAUCAUUUCCCUAUUUUGCGACGUUCAACAUGCAGAGUAGCACACAUGGAGAAAUAUAUAAAAAAAGAGAAAAUCACAAAAUAUAUUCUGAGAAACUCAGUAAAGCAGAAAAGGACUUUGGCUAAACUAAUUUGGCACAAAAAUCAUCAACAUCUCCUAUGUGACAAAUACAUUCAUUUUGCAGAGCAAUAGAAUCUAAUAUCAAGCAACCUUGUAGAGCCUCUUGCCGUACAUUCACUCUGUCAGUCCAGCUAGCAGCCGCAAUUUAAUCACACACUAAAAGAAUACAUUUUCUUAUGCAGCUGCUUGCUGUACACAUAACAAAAAAAUAUUUUCCAAGAUGAAGAAAAGUCUACUUUUAAAAAAAUAUUCAAUUGAGAGUCCAUCAGGUCCAGUCACUUAUUUAUAAAAAAAAUAUUCAAUUGUGAGUCCAUCAGGUCCAGUAACUUUUUGGAAAAUUGUAAUUCUGCUUUUCCACGAUAAAGUUCACUUAAAAUUUCAAGUUUCUCUAACUUACAUACUGUAUACUAUA